AUGACUGACCUGACCACGCAGAAGCAACAACUCCAGGGUUCCAACAACGCACAGGAAAAGCUAUACACCAUGUUCGAGGAUACGAUGGAAGAUCUUGGACAGACCACCAAGGACAAACUCGAAGCGGCCGAGAACGAGCUAGAAACGACGAAGACGCUGCAGAAAGAGAGGGUGGAGAAGAACGAGAAAGCUCAAGAGAUGCUCGAGCAACUCAAAAACCAAUGGUCGUCACUUUCCCACAUCCUCGGUAAAGAAGACUGCGGACGCUAG